GUUCCUGUAGAUAAGCUAGUCAACUUUGGGACUGUUUGUGGUGUGGUGACGACCAGUUAAAAUCUGUGGAAAUGUUGCCUCUGUUGGCGCAGCGAGUGUUUUUGUCCAUGUAGCUACUUGGGCAGAUUGUAGUGCUAGCAUAAAACGUGUCCUCGUCUUUUCUAACCAACAACUUUCUCUCCCGUAUAUCACAUUACUAUUUCAUUUCCGCAUCACGCUUAAAAUGCACACAGGCAGGCGACUAAGCUGUCAGUUACUUUCAGACGUUUACUGUGCGGAAGUGAACAUUGAUCUUUAUCCUCCUGCUAGAGAUAUUGCGUCAACGACGGUGAACCUGAGGGCAAGAAGCCAGUUGUGCACGUUGAGCUGCAUAGCCAACCCAAAAUACUUUCGUUUACCGUCUAUACCCUACUUUGGGUGUACUUAUACGGUCUCUCUUUGAAGAACUCUUUGUUAAAGUAUUAUGAUGUCAAAUCAUGGAGACUUUCAACGUCAGUUUACAUCUGUUGUGGAGAGGCUACUGCAAAACGUUGUUUCUGAGACAAUGCAACUCUUCGAGAACUCAGUCCAGGAACUAAAAGUAGAGAUAGUUCGAAUCAGGAAAGAGAACGGUAACUUAAAUGAUAAGAUUAUUUUUUUUGAAAAGUCACAACCAUGUACGGACCCAGGAAACAACUACAUCCCCAUUCUAAAAGAUAAUUCUCACAAACGUGACAUCGGUGUGCAGUGUGUCAGGCCAACCGUGGUGGAGAGAUCCUGCAGCCCUUGUUCUCGAAAUGAAGAUGAUGAUAGGAGUGCAUUUCAAAACCUGUGCCCAAGUCUCUCAGAGGAGGAAAACCGCCAGUUGGCGUUGGUGCUUGUCAAGCAAGAGGAGCUUGACUUAGAUGACCACAGCACUGGAUAUUUUUUGCUAAAGCAAGAAGAUGGUGAGCCAAAGCUUAUCCGGAGGCAACACAUAAAGGACAUUCCACCAGAAGUGUUUCUCUCCUCCGGACUCCGUAGAAAGACGACAGAGAAAAGCCUUUCUGUAAAAGCUACUUCAGAAUCUAUUUCAUCAGGCGCAAGAGUGGAAACAGAAAAGCACAGGAUCAGUACAUCUGAGGUCCACACCAGAAGCAAUUCAGAAGUGAGAAAUCAAGAAAGUAGAGAAGUUAAUGAGGGAAACAUAUUACAAGAAAAUGCUAAAUUACGUGCUCGGACAUCUGACACAAAGACACAAGCUCUCUACACAUCUGCUACGACGCGUAUUGCUGCCCUACACCCCCAACCCAGUGAACUUCCGAAGGGCAGUACAGUGCAGUCUCAGGCUCCAAUUCCAAUGUCACUGUCCAUGUGCACACAAAAUAAGGUGCUGAUUCAGACCUCCCAGGUUAGAAUCCAGUCAGCUCCACAGCCAGCCUUUAAAGCUCUUACUCUCCCUUCUCUGCGAUCUCUUAAAUCGGUUCCACCUGCCCAGGUUCCUCUUCUCCCUGUUCAAAUUCCAGGGCUACUUUCAAAUCAAGGGGCUAAUAUUACAAAUUCCCCAGCUCAGUCUCAUCCCUCACUUGUCAGUCACUCUGUCUCACAAGGCCAGGUACAUUGUAAGCCAACUCAGGUGCCAUUAUCACAGCAACAAGCUCCCCCAUUUCAGGUUUUGCCCCAAAUGACACAGUUCCCAAAUUUACAACCAAACAUUGUUGCUUCAGCAGGCCAGGUCUUGUUUCCAGCGUGUAUGAGCCCUUUCCAGUCAUCUGCUUCAUGCCAGGUUCCAUCUAACAUGCCUUCACUUCCAUUAGAUCAUAAUUCAUCCGCGUGCCAAAUGGGCUCAAAUAUGCCACUUGUUGCUUUACUCCAGAAUUCAACUCCAGCUCCAAUACCAGCAACUAGAUCUUCUUUCCCAACACACCAACUUCUAACUUCACCUCCAUCCCAGUCCUUUCAGUCAGCACAUGAAACUUCACAAGUUCCAUUGUCCUAUCCAUUAGAGAGUCUCUAUGCCUCCCUGGACCCAAUGUAUGACCUGGAAGAACCGACCUUGACAACAUUACACCCACCUUCCACGUUUGACCAGCCUAAUAUGCUGUCAGAGCAUUUGUCCUCUGUGAGUUCCCAGCAAUGUGUACCGCUGGUCCAACCAGGCAUUGCCCUUCAGACGCCCUGCAUGGCUUCUGAUCAGUUCUCCUCAGGCCACUCAGGAUCCCUCUCACUGUCAGGACAGCCUCACUCAAUGUCAGGAAAUGUGAAUCUAAACAGACAGUACAGGAACCUAACCGCAUGCUCAGGUCUGCUUAGUGUCUCAGGCUCAGCCCAACAAAGUGAUGGAAGUUCCACCACCAUCAAAAAUGAUGUCCCAAAAGAAGGACAAGGGCACAGCGAUUCUGUCCUUUUGAAACUACGAUCACAUUUCAAGACUUGUCAAGAAUCAAAUCGGCCUAACACAAGGCAAUUGGAGUCAGAAAGUCAUAGCCUGGAUGUUUCAGAAGAAUCCAAACCCAAAUCGAGCCUGCAGGAGCUCUCAAGUGAUGGGCCCAUUUAUCAGACAGGUGGAGACAUGACCAUUCAAAAUGACACGACUUCACAAAACAAUGACUCAGUAAAGGAUGACCUAGAAAUUGAUCAGAAAAGGUCAGGCAAGUCUCAAGCACGCAAAAACCAGUGUGAGGUCUGUGGCCGGGUCCUCAGCAAUGCCUCAGCGCUAGAGAACCACGCUAGGCUUCACACAGGGGAGCGUCCGUUCUCGUGCGACAAAUGUGGGAAAGCGUUCCCUAGCGUGAGGGGCCUGAACCGGCACGUCCAGAUCCACGCCGAUGAGAAGCAGCAUCAGUGCCCCGAGUGCGGAAAAAGUUUCGUUUACCACUUCACUCUGACCAAGCACCAGCUCAUCCAUACGGGUGAGAAGCCCUUCCCUUGCAAGGUCUGCGGAAAGCGAUUCUUGGCCAAAGCCGACCGGGCCACUCACAUGCGUAUGCACACGGGAGAGAAGCCUUACAGCUGCAUGCAGUGCGGCAAGAAGUUCAAACACCGAAUGGCGCUGAACAUGCACAUGCAGGGGCACAGAGGAGAGAAGCGUUACAGCUGCCCGACCUGUGAGAAAGGAUUCGUGGACCUUGGCAAUUUCAAGAGGCACAAGCGCAUUCAUACUGGGGAGAAGCCGUAUGAAUGCAAGGUCUGUGGCAAGAGGUUCACUCAGUCAGCACACCUCAAGAAGCACCUCAACACACAGCAUGUCACAGAUCAGUAGCCUCUGCAGUAUGCACAGGUAGUGGCUUUUGUUUACACUGGAAGAUUGAACUUAGAACAGCCUGUAAAUGUGAUCUGAAUUGCUAACUGAUUUAUUGUGACGUGCAGUCACUGUCUGUGGAAAACAACACAACUUGUGUUGUUUUUAACACAUCUCUGUGUCCAGAGAGGGACAACACAUUCGGUUUUAAGAGUGUACUGUGACAAUAACCAGAUUGCAUUUUAAGACAUUUCUGAGUUAAUUUUUAUGUUAUAUUUUAAUUGUUAAAGGCUUGUGUUGCUAUAUGAAAUGUGAAAGCUUGCUCAUUCUGAGAUUGCUGCUUGUGUUACUAAAAAAAAUAAAUAUUGAAGACCUCUGUA